UUAAUGUUGAUGUUAGCACACACUCUGAGCAUCUGAAUUUUCAGCACGCUCAGUCUUCUCAAUCUUUAAUCUUUGCAGGCCAAUGGAUCGCUCGACACUCAAUCUCCUUGCGCCCAGGCAGUUCUACGUCGUCCCUGCGCCUGUCGACAGCGGCCGGAAAAAGACGCCCGGCAAGGCCAUCCUCGCAGGCGGCAUCUCUGGCGGCAUUGAAAUCCUCAUCACCUUCCCGACCGAGUUUGUCAAGACACAGCUCCAGCUCGACGAGCGCGCAGCACAACCAAAGUACAAGGGCCCGAUCCAUGUCGUCACCUCCACCAUCAAGGAGCGCGGCUUCUUUGGCUUGUACCGCGGCUUGAGCUCGCUGCUGUACGGCUCCAUCCCAAAGUCGGCCAUUCGCUUUGCCUCGUUCGAGUUUUUCAAAAACCAGAUUGCCGACAAGGACGGCAAGCUCACCACCCUCCAGACGCUCGGCUGCGGCCUUGGUGCUGGUGUCACCGAGGCCAUUUUCGCCGUGUGCCCCAUGGAGACCAUCAAGGUCAAGUUUAUCCACGACCAAAACCAACCUCAGCCAAAGUACCGCGGCUUUGCGCACGGCGUCAGCACCAUCGUCAAGACCGAAGGCUUUGCCGGCAUCUACCAAGGUCUCGGCCCCACCAUCCUCAAGCAGGGCAGCAACCAGGCCAUUCGAUUUGUCGUCUACGGAAAGAUUACCAACUGGAUGAAGGGCGGCGAUGAUUCAAAGAAGCUUGGUGUUCUCCAAACGCUCAGCAGUGGUGCCCUCGCCGGUGCCGCCUCUGUCUUUGGUAACACGCCUAUUGAUGUCGUCAAGACGCGCAUGCAGGGCCUCGACCGACACAAAUACAAGAACGCAUGGGAUUGCACCAAGCAAAUCUGGAAGAACGAGGGCUUCUUUGCUUUCUACAAGGGCACUACUCCUCGCCUUGGCCGUGUCUGCUUGGACGUUGCCAUUGUGUUUACUCUCUACGAGCGAAUCUACGAUGCUCUUAUCGCCGUUGAGGGCAUGCUCUAAGGCGGGACAAUGCUUUUGCUGUCUGAUUCUGGACGGCUUGUGUUCUGGUUUUGUUGUUGUUUUUCUCGGUGUGGUUGUUUUCUUCCCAAUAAUCGUUUAUAAUACAAGUUAUACAUGGAUGA